CUAUCAACAAGUGACAGCAGUGAAGCGAGUAGAGGAAGAGCUGAUGUGAUGGAAAUCCCUGCCAUUAAUUUAAAGGUGAGGCUGCGGGGUGUGUAAUGGUGGAGGUGUGCUGUGUGUUAACGAGGACUGGCGUUAACUUGAUGUCAACUUUGUUGCUCAGCUGCUUCUGCUUGAGAAACGGCCAUAGUACUGGUGCACUGGCUGCUUACAGUAUGGGGAUGCAUGGCGUGGCUUCCUACCUCCUAUGCUUGGGUGAACUUCAGUGUUUUCGCUAUUGGGGUGUGGGCCAUUGCACAGAGGGACUCGAUCGAUGCCGUGCUUAUGUUCCUAGUUGGGAUGGUUGUGACGAUAGUGACCGACAUCGUCCAUUUCGGCAUCUUUUACCCAAUAAAUGAUUUCGCAGCAGAGAGUGGUAGAAACGUAUUUCGCUUCAGCGCAGGAAUGGCCAUUCUCAGCUUGCUGCUCAAACCUGCUUCCUGUUUCUUCGUCUACCAAAUGUACCGCGAGCGUGGAGGAGAUUACAACGUUAACUUUGGUUUUAUAACUGUAUCACGAGACAGAGAAGCCUACCAAUCCAUCGAUCAACAGGAAGAGCCCUCCACUCCGGCCAACCCUUUCAACCAUGCCCAGGACAGCAAGCCUGCUGUCCGCACUUACUGAGAGAGCAGGCGGUGACAGUAGUGUUUCCCUCUGAGUCUUUUCAGCAGCACGGUGCUAGGGGGCAGUUUGUUUUACGAUCGAUUCAACAUUGGUCCCUGUGUUUCGUACAGUCCGCUGUAGACUCCAGAAAAAUGUAAUACUUUUUAUACGGUAAAUGCGUAACUCCAUUUGGGCUUAAUAAUAAAAAAUAAAUUCAAUUUAUUUCUUUAAGGGUUGCUAUGCUUUGUUGCUGAGCUGGCAUCUCCCUGCUAAGUAAAUACAGAGGAAACACUGCUUCCACUGCCAUGCUGUGUAACUGUACCACCUUGUAUUUUAAGAAGAGAGGCGUUGAAUGGAACUGUUUAGUCUUUUUUUCCAAUUGGGUCAUUUUUACACAUAUAACUUACAGAUAUUAGGUUCAUGUCUGUUUGUGUUUGGGAUCUGUGAAUUGUUACAUUCUUCUUGUGUUCAGUAUUCUUUUCAAAUUUUGCUCAAUGAUACAGCAAUGCUUAAAGCAGAGGACUGGGGUUUUUUUUAAAACACAAGAACAAAAUUGUUGAAUGCCAAGCUUGAGAAGCUAUUUUUGCCUUUUGUACUUUUUCAACUCUAACUAUGAAAUCCUUUCGAGCUGAGCAUUUACCAAAUUAAAGUGACGGGCCUUUAUACUUAUAACUAAACCACAAGUGCACUAUUCACUUAUCUUUAUGUCGAUCUAUGCAAUGUCCAAAUUAAGACUACAGUAACUCUAAAAAUAUAUUAAAGACGCCCGAUUAUGCUCUUUGGGGUUUUACCUUGCCCGUACUGUGUUAAAAAUGACGUUUUUGUGCAUGUAAAUGGUCUGCAAAGUCUAAAACCCGAAAGUGACCUCCAGAGGAAGUUUCUCUCCUAAACACUCUCCCCCCAUGCUAUUUAAUAUUUAACACUCAGACUUCUAUUGGCUAGCGCUCCAACACAUUGUAUGUGAAAUGCUAAGGUGGGACAUGCUAAGACAUCUAACCCUCUCUAAGCGGUUGACCAAUCACAACAAAGCUAACCAAUCAGAGCAGACUGGGCUCUGGUUUCAGACAGAGGGUGAAAAUAGGUGCUGAAGCACAGGCAGUAUGAGAAAAAUAAAGACCUUUUUGAACAUUAAAUCAUGUAAACAUGUAGCACUAGAGGCACAAAACCCAAAUAUGAACCUGAAAAGCAGCAUGAUAGGGCCCCUUAGGGUAAAAGAAAGAAAGAAAAUAAAGAUUUUCUAAAACAAAAAAAAGCAAUACGAAGCGUUUUGUAAGUAUUUAAGUAAAUUAUUUCAAACCAUUUUAAAUAUACUAUUCUUAUAGUUUUUCUCCUGUAACUUCCUGUAGACUGCCAUUUAAACUUUUGUGAUGUCAAUUUCAGACUUAAUACUAUGCAGCCCCUGUAGCUGUUGAUCUAAACACAGGCAGCAGAUAUCAUUAGACAUCAUAAAUGUUAAAACCAGCAGAACAGUGGUUUACUUCAUUCAUUGUACACUGAAAUGCACACUCAGUUUGAGUUUGCAUAAUACACAAUGAGUCAGUUGGAUCUUAAUGAAAGCAGAGGGUGGAUUUUACACACUGAUUGCAUCAUUUGGCCUUUUUUGUUCUCCUAUGAAAGAGUUUCUUGUUUUAUAAAUCAUGAUGACCUUUGUGAGGGUGAGUGGGCACAAAAUGGAGAUGUAAAGUUAUCAUGGGGCUCUUGAGUCCUAAAGAUAAUUGUAACCUAACAAGAGGUACUUGUACUCCAGGAGGGUACUUAUUGGGACAUGGAACAAUAGUGGGGUUUCUCAACUCAAUUGAAUUAAAAAUGAUGAUUUGAUGGCAAAAAUACUCCAAUCAGCUUGAACACUAUGUGACUAAAGGUGGGACACAAUUAAAAACAGUUAUGAAGAGGGCCGAUAAGUUUAUACAGUUGCCUAAAGAAGUUAUAAAUGAAUGGGUGAACAUGUUUAUUGCUAUAAUAAUGUUUAAGAGUUGUGACAUCCUGUUGAUGCCUUUUCAAGACACUUUCAAGCUGAGUCCAUUAAGAAAUUUAGUUUAAAAUCAGUUUAAUUUAUUUACAAUUCUACAUGUUAAAGCUAUACCUGUUAAAUUCAGAAGGAUGUUGUGUGAGACCAAAUGUGUGAUUAUGUCCUGAAAGAAAAACUGUACCUUAAACCAUUUUUUAAAUCUUGAUUUCUGUAUUACAUAUAUUUUUCUUUGAAACUGUAGAAAAUUCUAAAAGGAAAAUGUUUCUUUAUGAUGCUGUGUUUAUAAAGAUGUCUUCAGCUUAA